AUGGCUGAGGCCAGUAUCUCAGUGGAUCGAGACCAGUUCAGCUGUUCACUCUGUCUGGAUCUACUGAAGAAUCCGGCGACUAUUCCCUGUGGACAUAGUUACUGUUUGGGCUGUAUUAAGGGCUGCUGGAAUCAGGAUGAUCAUACUGCUGUCUUCAGCUGUCCCCAGUGCAGAGAGACUUUCUCCCCAAGGCCUGUUUUAAGAAAAAACACCAUACUGGCUGAUGUGGUGGAGAAACUGAAGAAGACAGGACUCCAAGCUGUUCCUCCUGCUCACUGCUAUGCUGGACCUGGAGACGUGGCGUGUGAUUCCUGCAAUGGGAGAAAGCACAAAGCCAUUAAAUCCUGUCUGGUGUGUCUGGCCUCUUUCUGUGAAACUCACCUCCAGCCUCACUAUGAAUCUCCUGCCUUUAAGAAGCACAAACUGGUCAAAGCCACUGGAAACCUGCAGGAGAAGAUCUGCUCUCAUCAUGACAAACUGCUGGAAGUUUACUGUCGUACCGAUCGGCAGUGUAUCUGUCUGCUGUGUACGAUGGAUGAUCACAGAGGCCAUGAUACAGUCUCAGCUGCAGCAGAAUGGACAGAGAAACAGAAGCAGCUGGGGGUAACACAGAGUAAGUUCCAGCAGAGAAUCCAGGAGAGAGAGAAGGAGCUGCAGGAUCUGAGGCAGGCUGUGCAGUCAGUCAAGCGCUCUGCACAGGCUGCAGUGGACGACAAUGAGAGGAUCUUUACUGAGAUGAUCCGCUCCAUUGAGAGAAGGUGCUCUGAGGUGAAAGAGCUGAUCAGAGAUCAGGAGAAGGCUGAAGUGAGUCGGGCUGAAGGACUCCUGGAGCAACUGGAGCAGGAGAUUGCUGAGCUGAGGAGGAGAGAUGCUGAGCUGGAGCAGCUUUCACACACAGAGGACCACAUCCAUUUCCUCCAGAGCUGUCAGUCUCUCUGUGUCCCUCCUGGACCUGGAGACUUACCCAGCAUCCCGGUCAGUCCACAAGUGUCUUUUGAGGCUGUGAGGAAAUCUGUCUCUGAACUGAAAGAGCGACUGGAGGACAUCUGCAAGGGGGAACUUGUCAAAAUUUCUCCUCACUCUGUCUCUGCAGUGAAAAACAUCCCUACUGUAGAGCCCAGGACCAGAGAGGAUUUCUUACAGUAUUCCUGUCAGCUCACACUGGACCCCAAUACAGCAUAUAAAUACCUCCAUCUGUCUGAGGGGAACAGAGUGGUGACCCAUGUGAGAGAGAUCCAGUCAUAUCCCGAUCAUCCAGAGAGAUUUAAUUGUAGGCUUCAAGUCCUGUGCAGAGAGGGUCUGUCUGGAUGCUGUUACUGGGAGGCUGAGCGGAGUGGGCAUGGGGUUUGUAUAGCCGUGUCAUAUAAACACAUCAGCAGGAAAGGACUUGGUGAUGAGUGUUGUCUGGGAUAUAAUAACUUGUCCUGGAGUUUGUACCCCACUGGCUCCAAAUACUUUUUCAGGCACAAUAAAGUUAGCACUGAAAUCCCUGUUCCCUCCUUCUCCUCCAGAAUAGGAGUGUACCUGGAUCACAGGGCAGGAACUCUGUCCUUCUACAACGUCUCUGACACAAUGACCCUCCUUCACAGAGUCCAGACCACAUUCACUCAGCCCCUCUAUCCUGGGAUUUGGGUUAAUUUGGGAAGUUCUGUAAAACUGUUGAGAGGCAGAAUGGCUGAGGCCAGUAUCUCAGUGGAUCAAGACCAGUUCAGCUGUUCAAUCUGUCUGGAUCUACUGAAGAAUCCGGCGACUAUUCCCUGUGGACAUAGUUACUGUUUGGGCUGUAUUAAGGGCUGCUGGAAUCAGGAUGAUCAUACUGCUGUCUUCAGCUGUCCCCAGUGCAGAGAGACUUUCUUCCCAAGGCCUGUUUUAAGAAAAAACACCAUACUGGCUGAUGUGGUGGAGAAACUGAAGAAGACAGGACUCCAAGCUGUUCCUCCUGCUCACUGCUAUGCUGGACCUGGAGACGUGGCGUGUGAUUCCUGCACUGGGAGAAAGCACAAAGCCAUUAAAUCCUGUCUGGUGUGUCUGGCCUCUUUCUGUGAAACUCACCUCCAGCCUCACUAUAAAUCUCUUGCCUUUAAGAAGCACAAACUGGUCAAAGCCACUGGAAACCUGCAGGAGAAGAUCUGCUCUCAUCAUGACAAACUGCUGGAAGUUUAUUGUCGUACCGAUCAGCAGUGUAUCUGUCUGCUGUGUACGAUGGAUGAACACAGAGGCCAUGAUACAGUCUCAGCUGCAGCAGAAUGGACAGAGAAACAGAAGCAGCUGGGGGUAACACAGAGUAAGUUCCAGCAGAGAAUCCAGGAGAGAGAGAAGGAGCUGCAGGAUCUGAGGCAGUCUGUGCAGUCAAUCAAGCGAUCUGCACAGGCUGCAGUGGACGACAAUGAGAGGAUCUUUACUGAGAUGAUCCGCUCCAUUGAGAGAAGGUGCUCUGAGGUUAAAGAGCUGAUCAGAGAUCAGGAGAAGGCUGAAGUGAGUCAGGCUGAAGGACUCCUGGAGCGACUGGAGCAGGAGAUUGCUGAGCUGAGGAGGAGAGAUGCUGAGCUGGAGCAGCUUUCACACACAGAGGACCACAUCCAUUUCCUCCAGAGCUGGCAGUCUCUCUGUGCCCCUCCUGGACCUGGAGACUUACCCAGCAUCACUGACAGUCCGCAUGUGUCUUUUGGGGCUGUGAGGAAAUCUGUCUCUGAACUCAAAGAGCGACUGGAGGACAUCUGCAAGGGGGAACUGGUCAAAAUUUCUCAAUCAGUGAAAAACGUCCAUACAGUAGAGCCCAGGACCAGAGAGGAUUUCUUACAGUAUUCCUGUCAGCUCACACUGGACCCCAACACAGCAUAUAAAAACCUGCGUCUGUCUGAGGGUAACAGAGUGGUGACCUGUGUGAGAGAGAUCCAGUCAUAUCCUGAUCAUCCAGAGAGAUUCGAUGGCACGGCACAAGUCCUGUGCAGAGAGGGUCUGUCUGGACGCUGUUACUGGGAGGCUGAGUGGAGUGGGCAUGGGGUUUGGAUAGCAAUGUCAUAUAAAGACAUCAGCAGGAAAGAAGGACAGGGUGUUGACUGUGGUCUGGGAAAUAAUAACCUGUCCUGGGGUUUAUACCACACUGGCUCCAAAUACUUUUUCAUGCACAAUAAUGUCAGCACUGUAAUCCCUGUUCCCCCCUCCUCCAGAGUAGGAGUGUACCUGGAUCACAGGGCAGGAACUCUGUCCUUCUACAGUGUCUCUGACACAAUGACCCUCCUGCACAGAGUCCAGACCACAUUCGCUCAGCCCCUCUAUCCUGGGUUCUGGGUUUAUUUAGAUAAUUCUGUAAAACUGUGUGAUCUUUGAUGAGACCAGCUAUAACCAGAAUGAGAGAAAAACACUGCAGGGAGAAAAAGAGGAGAAGUAAAUACGUCAUAAAAGAUU